UAAGGGGGAAAGUAAUCAGGUACACAAUUCAUUAUUUUCUUUGCAUGUCUGGCGCAGAUUUGACUUUGUUGCCUUUAGUCGAUUUGACAAAGGGUUCUUGUAUUCAGAUAUCGUAUUUCGUGGUCACGAUUAAAGUAAGUCCAAAAUGGUGGCCUGUAAAAAUAUUGCUGAAUAUAAUUUUAUUUUCGCGCGCGAUCAGACAUUCGUAAAGCGCUCGAGGACGUAAUUAGAAGCCUCCAAACGAUGGCUAUAAAAAAACGAGACUUCCAGAAAACAGCGGGGCUUAUUCAGGAGUUUCUUUCGAAACUUUCGUGCGAGGAAUCGACAGCUGAACUUAGGGAUUCUAUGCAUCUUGUCCUGUUCUACUUGCAAAAAUACUACAAAAAACUUCGUAGCAGAAGUCUUUCAAAUGGUGCAUCACCAAGAUUUAAUGGCAAAUCGCUGAGUGGAAGCUUUGUUUUUAAUGGGGGUGUGAGCCCAGUGAGUCCAGCUUGUGGAAUACCUGAUCAGUUCGAAUGGAAGUGGUACAAUUUGGAAUCACCCAGGCUGUCUGCUAGCCUCGGUACAAAUGAAUUUUCUUCAUUGCCUCUCGUCCUGCAAGCUACAAAGUCUGCAGAUUCACAGCUUUUAAAGGAACUCAUAGAGAAAGAUUCCGAAGUUGUCAAUCAAGUGGAUGGCUUAGGACGUAAUGCUGCAAUGUACUGUGUUCAUGGCAACACACCUGCCCAUACAGAGUGCCUGGAAGUACUGAUAAGAGCUGACUGUGAUCUGGAUCUCAAAGCAAAUGAUAACACAACAGCACUUCAUGUGGCUGCAUACAUCAAUAACACAGCUGCCCUGCCUCUUUUGCUUCGUAAUAAGGCUUCUCAUAAUGUUGAAGACAAUCAAGGCAGGACACCACUUCACUGGGCAGCAGCAAAUCCAUCAGAGGAUAAUUUAAAGUUAUUACUUCAGGUUGGAGGGAAGUUGGAUGCUGCAGACAGUGAAGGUUUAACCCCAACCAUGUGGGCAUGUUACUUUGACCAGCUUCGCAAUCUACAGAUGUUACAAAAUGCACUGGCAAGAACUGAUCCUGAAGAAGAUGCAAUCUUCAGAGAUACAGACUGUUAUGGUCAGUCUGUGAUUCACUGGGCUGUCAAAGGCAUGGGAUCUUUGGAGUGUCUAAAGGCUCUAUUAACCCCUCAGUCUGCAGUUCUAAGGGACAAUGAAGGCAAAACAGUAUUACACACAGCAGCAGAAAAAGGGAUUGCAGCUGCUUGUGAGAUGAUUCUUAAAGUGAGAGGAAACUUGGAAGGACUAAAGGAUACAGAUAACUCAAAAAGAACUGCAGCUCAUCUUGCUGCUAUCUGUGGACAAGCAGAAGUUGUGAACUUUCUCCUUGAAAGAGGAGGAGACCUCCUGGUAAGAGAUUGUUUUGGUGCAACUGCAGUUGAUUACAUCCACAACAAACAGCUCAAUUAUUGUAGAAUGGUGAUCAGAGCUCAUUCACAACACAAUGACAAGCACACAGGAAAGGCUGCCUUUGUAUCAACACCAUCAAGUCCUGACAGUCAAAAUGUGGAUCCUGUAAACUCAUGGCAGCCUCCGUCUACAGAUGAAGCAGCUGCAACAGCAGAAGAACCUCACAAGGCAUCUGUUGGUGCGGAGAACUGUGAUGUGUCUGACCUUCAUGGUUUUGAUGUACAGGGGGAGUCAGGGCACCUUGGGGAUUCAGCAAUGAAUGAGGCAAGUCAUGAAGAAAAAGAAAAAUUUUCAGAUCAUGAUGCCAAGGCCUUAGACAAAGCAGACAACAGGGUAGAGCAGAGUAGGCCAUCAAACCCAAAACGGCGUCAGAGUACACUUACAAGGCAAAGCAAAUUUCAUCAUGAUGGUGAUUCAAGACAUUUAAUGGAUGAAGCUGCAAGUUUUGACCUGAGGACUGGGGAUGGAGAUAUUUUAGUUGUAGUCAGUAACCUUGACACUGAAGAUCAGCAAGAGGAAAUUAUUGACAUGGAAGAUGGAGAUAUAGAGAUUGACUGUGAGGAAAAGUUGGAAUAUUCCAGUGCACGCUUACAGCAAGGACGUGGCAGUGCAUCAAGUGUACACAGUGAACCUGAUAAUGCUGAUAAUUGCAGUGUUAGUGUUGGACUUAGUGUGUCAAGUCUUGGCAGUGAUAAUGAGGACAUAGUUCAUGGUGAUGACUUAACAGACUACCCAGAUGGAGACAAGGAGAAAAAACAAUGGCAGGAAGAUACUUGUGAUUCUCAACCUCAGUUCUUUGCAGAAUCUCACAAGAAUACAGAAAAAACUGUUACACCUCCAAAGUAUCCAUCAAAACUGGCGCAGCUAAAUUAUGUUCAAGCAGAAAACACCCGUAUCAUUACCACUCACAACAAUACUGAAGGUGAUCAAGAAAAUCGUGCUGUAUGUUUGAAGAAAAAAAAGGACAAAGCUAAAAAGAAGAAACAGAAAGGACAAUUAGAGCUGUCAUCACCCCUCCCUCCUCCUAGAGCCAAUGUUCCACCCCUUAAUCCUGCUAGUUUGGGACCCCUUGGUGUCACCAAAUUAGGUGCUUUAGAUCUUCAUGGGAAAAGGCCAGUUCCUUGGGAGCAUGUAAGCUUAGGGCCUCGGAGGCAUGCUCCUCCUGAGGUAUCACCAACCAGCCCCUGGAUGGGAAGAUGUCCAGAGGGCCAAGCUCUUGAAAGUGCUUUUGAAAGACCAAGAACACCUGAGCCACCUCAAAGUCCACGUGACAUGACACCACAUCAUUUACCUCAACCAUAUCCUCCUGGGUCUAUGCGAGGAAAUCAAGAUGCUCCCUUGAGAGGGUCCUUGGAGGGAGUGUUACAUGAGAGGGAAAUGAACUACGGCCCUCCUGGUCCAUUGUUUGGACCUCUGGCACGUACCAAUGGUCAAGCACCUCUCAGAAACAUGGACAUAAUGGGCAGAGGUCCAAAGAUGGAAUCUGGUGCAGACUUGAACAUGGGUGGAGUCAUACACCAUGGACCCCCUGGACAGCAGACUUAUUCUCUACAUGGGCCCAUUCCACAUCCUCCACAGCAUUAAUUAGAAGCCUGAGUACCAGGACAUAAACUUUUACAACCUAACAGCAUAUUCUCUUAUUCUCCAUGCAUUUCUUAUGAUAGUGGCAAGGCAAAUUUUUUAACUUUUUAGUUUUCUUUCUUUUCCUUUUUUCUCAUGGCCAUGAUGUGUGAUUGAACAGUCCUAAUCUAAAGAGACUUUAGAUACUUGUUAUUCUUAUAAGUGAAAAGGUUAAAGAAGAGAACUAUAGUGCAUAAACUAUUGUUUGUAAGCUAUGGUGCAGUUUAAGCUAAUUUUUUGUAGAUUUGGCUUCAAAAUGGUUUCUUGUUUCAGUGAGAAUGAGAUUUUAAAUGGUCAAUGUGGUGUUACCUUUCACAUACGAAUCAAUGCUGACAGGUAGAAAAUAAACUGAGAACCAGUUUUUGAUGAAUGUUUAAUCUCUGAUGGUUUGGUUUUCUUGAGUCAAACUCCAAAUUCAGGUAGAACUAUUUAUUUCCAUUUAAAAAAUAUUUUGGUUUCUUUAAGAAAAUAACAGUUUCAGAAUAUCACUAGUUAUUUAUUUGAGUGAUGACUCCUCAGUUCUAGAUACCAUCAGCUUGUUCUAAGUUAUUAAGUAUUUAAAAUAUCAAGGUGAAACUUUAUUUAUCAUAUUUACAUUGUAAAAAAUAUUUUGUUAUCUUACAGUCCCCUAUAUGGCAUAAUGUAAAUAUAAACACACAUCUGUACAAACGCGAUCAUUUUGUUAGACAUAUUGUUUAGGUCAAACUAGAAAUGUACAAAAAUCACAUUCAGAGAAAGCAGUUAUCUUUUCUAUUCAUUUGUAAAGUUAGGAUUAAUGGUAGGCAUUCAAACAAUUUUUACCUUAUUUUCUCUUUUUUUCUUACCUCAAGAAAAGUAAACACAAUUUAGGAGCUUUUUUGUAACAUUUUGAGCCAAUUUUUUAUAGGAAUAACUUACUUUCAGCUUGAAGUGAAACCUUGAGGUCAACAUAUCGAGGUAAAGGAUCAAUGUCAGUAUCUAGGCAACUAUGCUCCCACCUUCCCUAACUAAACCAACAAAAUUCAACCAAUAUGAAUUUAGGGCAAAUUAUGGAUUUGGGGAGGGGUAGAUGUGCAUUAACUCGGAUACGAACUCUAAUCCAAGUAUGUUUCAAGACAGGGAAUAUUAGAGAAGGCCAAAUUUUUUUAAUUGACAUUGCUCCUAAACAAAUAUUAGUGUCAAGUAUAAAUACUUAACACUCCUAAAAACCUCUCUAGAUGUAGUUAUAUUAAUUAAAAAUACUGAAAAGAUUCAGUCUA